GAACGGCAGACUCUUAUAUACAGGGGAGGAAAGAAAGGUGUAGAGGAAGAAGCCGUUUUAACUAAUCUACCUUUUCACGGGUUUCGCACUCUUAUAUCCCCGUGGGAUACUCGACGUACAACGGAGGGCUCUGAGUCGGGAGGAACAGCCACAGUUCUCGGGCAACGUAAAACCCCUUGAGAUAUUCGAGCCCCCUCUUUCAGUCGGAGCGGUUGGACGCGCCCGGCGCGCGUCAUCCAUUGUUUACAAACCAACCGCAGGACCAACAACAGCGUUGGAGAAGGCAGGGAGCGUGCGGGAGAGGGCUCGCUUGGCAGUUACGAGCGCCGUCGCUGCGGGCCCCCCAGAAACAGCGACGCGUGCCAAGUGAAGGGGAAGGCAGGCAGGAGAGCAGCGGCGAUGCCUUGCCGGCGGCCGGGCGGAGAACGCUUCGUACUCCUGGAGCGCGGUGCCGGGACUGCCGGCAGCUGCUCCAAAGAAGUGGACGCCUUGGUGGCCAAGCUGGGCGAAGUGCUGCAGUUGAGCUCUCAGCACCGGGCGCCAGCGGCACCCCGCCUCCUCCCGAGGCACCACGGCCGGGACCGAGUGGCUCCCUACUCGUCCCCGAGAGGUCUCGGCUUCUUAGCCUCGCUACACCAUCGCCACCCGCCGUCCCACCCGCGCCAGUCGCCGUCUUUGCUCCUUUGGCAGCCGCCCCCCCCACCUCCGCCGCCCACUGCGGACCAGAAGGGUAGUCCGCGAACCUCCAAGCAACUGUGUGGCCGGGGCUGGUUGCGGAGCUCCGCUCGGGCUGGGAGGAAGCAGCCCCGUCGCCACCACCGCUACCGCUCGCUGCUGCCUGCGGGCGACGACGAGGAUGGCGACCCUCACCGCCUCCUGCAGCAGCUCAUCCUCUCCGGCAACCUCAUCAAGGAGGCGGUGCGGAGGUUGCAGUUGGCGGCCUCGACGGCGGCCGAGACUUCUUCUACCACGGGCUCCCCUGGCUCCGUUUCGUCCGCCGGGAGCUGCUGCCGCUGCAGUAGCAGCGACGGAGACGCGGGCGCAGCGUUCGCCGUCGCCUCUUUGCAAGCCCUGCCCUAGCCCUGCCGGGACGCAGCCUGGCCUUCGGAUUGCCGCCCGCCAAGGGAAGAAGCUACGGGACGGCGCCGUGGGGAAGAGACCGCGUCUAUUUGGCUUGCCUGAUCCCGUUAACGCGCGGGCAGGGUGGCCGAAGCGCCGGCGAGCGGGCGCGACGGCAAAGCCCAGAGGCGGAUCAUUCAAUCCGCGCCAGAUACUUGAAGCAGACCCUCGCGGGGGCUUUGCCAGGACUUUCAGCGAUGAUUCUCGGUCGCUUUUCAUUACUCUUGAGCCACUUGACGGGCUGCUCCUGUUUCCCUUUUGGGGAAACAAAAAAACAAAUAAAAAACAGAGGUGCUAUUUCGGCCCCGGACGGUUGCUCUUUAGCCUCCCGCCCGGCCGUUCAUCAGUCCCGGUCCCGUCCCUUGUCUGUCCCUCUGCCCGACGAUCCGGAUCCGCCUUCGGUGCUGGAAUUGGCGCUUCCCACCCGGGCGCCGAAACCCUACCUCUCUCGCUCUCUGCCCUUGGUGUGGAAGCGCAAAGAAGGGACCAUCCCGCCUGGCAUUGUCUAGUGUGAAAUCCUAUGGGCUAUUGAAGAGUAAAGACCUGUCCGCGUACGAUCGGAAGGGGAGGAGGGGUGGGCGCCAUAGACGCUGCUGGACACAGAUAUAAUACGCUUUAGAUCACCAUGCCCUUCCCUUCUCCAUCUUUCUCGCGAAGGUCACCCCAUUUUCUGCCCCCACCCCGUGUUUUGGUGUCUUGCUGUGUUCCCCAGGCAGGUGGCCACGGUACUGUAACCCCAUCCCUGCUUGUUUUGACUGGGCUGUGGGCAAACCCUGUGUGUUUUGUAACGGCUGGGAGUCUCCUGAGGACGAACACGUUGGUCCAAGCUUCCCUCUCCUCUCCUCACCCCACCCCCGCUUCUUUCCAAAAGCUCCUCCUCUCCUUACAAGCUGGAUUUUUCAGAAAGGGGGUCAUAUUUCAGUAAGCUUUCUAGGAAAACUACCCGGGGGGGGGGCAAGGAGGGGGAGAUUUUCUCCAGCCAGAAGAGAGCCCCGGGAUUUGCUUGUUGAUUCCUGUAUGUAAUGGCAAGUCAAUAUGUCCCCAAAGAAGAAAAUAAAUUCUUGCCCCUUUUUCUGAUUAGAUGAAGAGGAAAAUUCCGUUUCUGAAGACCCCUGUCUGCACCCUCCCUUCUGCAAUUUCUUCUCCUUUGGGGCAUUCAUAGUUGUUUGUUUUUUUUAAAAAAAACAAAACACUAGAAAUACAAUCUAUAUGAAGCCAUUUAAAAAAAAAAAUAAAUACGAAUCUAAAAGCUGGGAAGCAGCUGGCUUCAACUGAACAUUAUCAGAUUGUGGAUGAAGAACUCUUUUCACAGAAGGUAGCUAAUCACAAGCUUUUAAAAAUAAAAACAAUAAAAUGUGUGUAUAUAUCUAUAUGCGUGCACACACACUUCCGGUUUAGCAGAAGCAGUUGUGGACUAGGUAUGUGUGUAUAAAUGUUUUUACGCAUAUUUAUAUAUAUACACAUAUGUACACUUCGUAACGGAGUGUUGAAGUUGUGUUCCUGGUUUUCAGGGGUUGUCUUUAAUGUGUCUCUAUUGAAUAAACAUGGUAGACUUUAUAUAUUAAAAA